AUGAAGGAGAGUAAAGCUCGGAAGAUAUUGAGGUCGCUGUACCUUGAAGUGGUCAGAGGAGAGCAUAGCACACCCUUCGUCUCUAAUUCGCCUGGCUCACAAGGGGACGUCAUGCCGCUGUUUCUGCAAGAACAUAACAUAACUCUAUCUUCUUGGGAUCUUGAGUCAAGCUCUGAAUACCCGUCAUCUGUACCGUUCGUUCGGCGUUCUCGGUCGUUUCUACAAGCCCACCCCACUACCUCUGAUCUUCCCUUCCCCAAGUACAUCCCACUGGCCGACAGAGACGAGGCUCGGGAAAAAGGGUGGUUGGUGACCGACGAAGAGAACUGUUCCUAUGAGGCUGCUCUUUUUUUUACCCAAUAUGCCACUGCCAAUCGAGUCUUCCACCGUCCGUACUCAUCACUGAUGGAUUUCUGCGAAGUACGCAAAAUGACGCCACCGAAUCCUUUCAUGAGUUACGCUACACAAAUUGGACAGUGUCCAUCUACAGGACGCUGCUGGGGCAUCCGUCUUUUCCUUGAGCCUCAGAUUCGCGAUACUCCACCACUUCCCCAUAUUGCCGCAGUGGCUUACCAGCCAAUGAAUGCCAGAGAUGGUUCGAUUUUGGGUGGUGAGCUCGCUACCAUCCUCAAUAUCAUGCGUAGUCGCGUCAAGGAGUUUAAAGUGGAAAGUGAAGAGAUGAUAGAAGGUCUUUCUGAUAUGAAUGAGCAAGAGCUUGAAGAUCUUUCCCAGAAGAGUCCAGCCUUCCCAGAUGAACAGAAGUUUCCAGUUCUACUUGUUUCAUUUGUGGGGCCACAGCAUGCACGACUGCUUUGUGCCUCCAUGUAUACACAUGCUCUGAUCAUUCACGUGUCGAAGCUUUAUAGCUUCGAGAGAGAGCAGGAUGCUCCGCUCGAUCUAUUUAUGUCUUGGCUGUUUGCGCGUCCUGUGGCGGGAGCCUAA